AUGAGUCACGAGAACCCUCAUAAUACAGAUAAGAGAAACCCUCUAGAGCUCAAGACUGGCCGUAGCUCCAUUGACGAGUUCCUUAAGAAGCCCGAUAAGGAAAAGACCGAGAGUCUAAAGCAGAGAUAUCAGAGAAAAAAGAACCUCAAAUCAAGAAUUUUCCCAACUACUUCAGAUUUGAAGUAUGAUCAUGAGAAAAUUUCCAAAUACAUUGAAUAUGAGCAAUCUCAGGGAGGAAGAAACACCAUAAAGCAGAAAAUUCAGGAUGCGUUCUAUCGUAGAUUCUACACGAAAGUUAGGGGAAGAAUGAGACCAUUCUAUUAUAGCAGACAGUUCCAAGAGACUGCAUUCAUGCAUUUUCCUCGCUUGUGAUUCCUUCUAUUCACUUGCUAUAUAAUCCACAAGAUGCAAUUGAGCCAAGAGAAGGAGCAGAAGAAUAAAAGAUUUGCUCGAAGUUAUAGACAAGAGGACGUGGAUAAACAACUCACCCAGAUUAAUAAGAUUAUUGGCGCCAAUGAAAACACUUUUGAGCCUGGCAAGAAUGUAGAGUUCAACAGGGAAUACGACCCUAUGUUCCGUAACAAAGAUAAUAAGAAUGAAGAGGACUUUUCAGAGGUAUUACAACAACUUGAUGACAAGAAGUUCUAACAAGCAGAUUAUUUUCAACCACUAAUGCCAGAG